CGUUCCUUCUACGUGAUCGAAUCGCGAGACGCCACGUGACAUCGUCUUGGGAUAAAGUGCCGUUUAGAUUCACGUGGGAGUAAGAGCAAAGAGCAAGCAAACGAGUGAACGGAGGCGAGGAGAGCUUCGAUCUCCAGUCACCUGAAAGUAUCAUCGACUCCGUGAUUGUUCAGAAUUCUUAGUGGAUUUCUUUUGGUUGUUGGAUUGAUCCUGAGAAAAAAUAAGAGCAUCAACAAAAUAUGAGUAAUCCCGUGGCUCAUAACUUACUGAACUUAAGUUUGAUUCGUCCUGUGACAUUCGAACAUCAAAACAAGCUCAACUCGUCUUGUGCUCCCACAAAUUCUAUAUAUCAAGCUGCGUGGCCGAAUCAGGCGGCUGGGAAGAUCGGAAAAUCUCAACUGGGUAAAGAGUUUUAUGGAAAAGGUCUUAAUAGGCCAAGGCAGAGAUUAACCACUAAAUCAAGUCGACCUGUUUCGGUUGUUCCACAAGCUGUACUUGCCAUGGAUCCUUCUUCUCAGGCUGCCGAAAAAUUUAGCCUUGACGGAAAUAUUGAAUUACAGGUUGAAGUCACUCCUACAACUAUAAGACAAGUAAAUAUUCAGAUUACGCAUAGCAGUGAAUCACUGCUUCUACACUGGGGUGCAAUACGUGACAAAAAGGAAAAGUGGGUGUUUCCUUCUCGCUUUCCAGAUGGAACAAAAAACUACAAGAACAGAGCACUUAGAACUCCCUUCUUGAAAUCUGGUGCCCAUUCCUACCUUAAGUUAGAGAUAGAUGAUCCUGCCAUACAAGCUAUAGAGUUUCUUAUAUUUGAUGAAGCUCGAAAUAAAUGGUUUAAAAAUAAUGGUCAGAAUUUUCAUAUAAAAUUACCUACGGAGCGAUUUGGUACAAAUGGUCAGAAGCUGGAACAGAAUAUUUCUGUUCCUGAAGACCUGGUACAAAUUCAAGCAUAUAUUAGAUGGGAACGCAAGGGUAAACAAAAUUACACUCCUGAGCAAGAGAAGGAGGAGUAUGAAGCUGCUCGAAUGGAGCUGCUGGAGGAAAUAGCGAGAGGUGCUUCUGUGGAGGACCUUCGAGCAAAGCUGAUGAAGAAAGAUGAUACUAGUGGCUCCAAUGAAACUAAGGGGAAUUCAGUUCACGGACAAAAGACUAAGAUACCAGAUGAUCUUGUACAGAUACAAGCAUAUAUACGGUGGGAGAAGGCGGGUAAACCGACAUAUUCACCAGAGCAAGAACUCAGGGAAUUUGAAGAAGCGAGGCUGGAGUUACUAUCUGAAUUGGAGAAAGGUGUGUCUCUUGAUGAUAUACACAAAAAGAUUGUCAAGGGGGAGAUACAAACUAAAGUUUCCAAGCAGUUGAGGCAAAAAAAAUAUUUCAGUGUUGAGAAAAUUCAGCGCAAGGCAAGGGACUUGAAUCAGCUUAUCUGCAAGCAUACUGGUAAACUUGAUGAACCAAAACCCUCACUCGAGCCACGGGCGUUGACUACUAUUGAACUAUAUGCCAAAGCAAAGGAAGAACAGGAAACCACUCCUAUCUUCUGCAAGAAACAUUUCAAGCUUGGAAGCAAUGAGAUUUUGGUUCUUGUGACUAAGCUUGCUGAGAAGAUGAAAAUUCAAAUUGCAACGGAUUUCCAAGAGCCGGUUACUGUUCACUGGGCUUUGUCUCAGAAGGGUGGAGAGUGGUUGGAGCCACCUUCAGCCAUACUGCCACCAAAUUCUGUACCAGUAAAGGGCGCUGUGGAUACACAACUAACGGCUACUUCAGCUGAUCUGCCUAGUCCAGUUCAAACCCUUGAGCUGGAGAUAGAUGGUGAUAGUUAUAAAGGCAUGCCGUUUGUUCUCAAUGUUGGUGAACAGUGGAUAAAAAACAAUGGCUCUGAUUUUUAUGUGGAUUUUGUUCAAGAAGCAAAGCAAGUUCAGAAGGAUGCUGGUGAUGGCAAGGGUACGGCCAGGGUUUUAUUGGACAAAAUUGCGGAGAUGGAAAGUGAGGCCCAGAAGUCUUUCAUGCAUCGGUUCAACAUUGCAGCAGAUCUAGUGGAUGAAGCAAAAAGUGCUGGUAAACUGGGCUUUGCAGGGCUUCUGGUCUGGAUGAGAUUUAUGGCUAUAAGACAGCUCGUGUGGAACAAAAACUACAACGUUAAGCCACGUGAGAUUAGCAAAGCACAGGAUAGGCUAACCGACAUUCUCCAAGAUGUAUAUGCAAAUUAUCCAGAGUACAGAGAACUUUUAAGGAUGAUAAUGUCCACUGUUGGCCGAGGAGGUGAAGGAGAUGUUGGGCAACGGAUCCGAGACGAAAUUCUAGUCAUCCAGAGGAACAAUAACUGCAAGGGUGGGAUUAUGGAGGAAUGGCAUCAAAAGUUGCAUAACAACACUAGUCCUGAUGAUGUCAUCAUCUGUCAGGCACUGAUUGAUUACAUAAAAAGUGAUUUUGACAUUAGUGUUUACUGGAAGACCUUGAAUGACAACGGCAUAACGAAAGAACGUCUCUUAAGUUAUGAUCGUGCCAUACAUUCUGAACCAGAUUUUAAAAGGGACCAAAAGGAGGGUCUUCUGCGUGAUCUUGGCCACUACAUGAGGACUUUAAAGGCUGUCCAUUCUGGUGCAGACCUUGAGUCGGCUAUAGCAAAUUGCAUGGGCUACAGCGCUGAGGGUCAAGGUUUCAUGGUUGGGGUGCAGAUAAAUCCUAUUUCAGGGUUGCCUUCCGGAUAUCCGGACUUGCUCCGGUUUGUCUUAGAACAUAUCGAAGAUAGAAAUGUAGAAGCACUUCUUGAGGGUUUGCUUGAAGCACGUCAAGAAUUAAGAUCCCUGCUGCUGAAGCCCCGUGACCGUCUCAAGGAUCUCUUAUUCUUGGAUCUUUCUCUUGAUUCUACCGUCAGAACAGCCAUUGAAAGAGGAUACGAGGAAUUAAAUGAUGCAGGACCUGAGAAAAUUAUGUACUUCAUCAGCCUAGUGGUUGAAAAUCUUGCCCUUUCAUCGGAUGAUAAUGAGGAUCUUAUCUACUGCUUGAAGGGUUGGCAAUUUGCCAUCAACAUGUUCAAAGGCAAAAAAGAAAGUUGGGCUCUGUAUGCAAAAUCAGUUCUUGACAGAACCCGACUGGCACUUGCAAGCAAAGGCGAGUGGUACCAUCAAGUUUUGCAACCAUCAGCUGAGUAUCUUGGAUCACAUCUUGGAGUGGAUCAAUGGGCUGUUAACAUAUUUACUGAAGAGAUAAUUCGAGCUGGAUCAGCUGCAGCAUUAUCGUCGCUUCUUAAUCGACUAGACCCAGUUCUUAGGCAGACUGCUCAUUUGGGAAGUUGGCAGGUUAUAAGUCCUGUAGAGGUGGUCGGAUAUGUCACUGUUGUGGAUGAACUUCUCGAUGUACAGAAUAAGACCUAUAACAGGCCUACGAUUAUAGUGUCAAACCGAGUGAAAGGAGAGGAAGAAAUUCCUGAUGGUGCAGUGGCUGUGCUGACACCUGACAUGCCGGAUGUCCUAUCUCAUGUCUCUGUUCGAGCAAGAAAUUGCAAGGUCUGCUUUGCUACGUGUUUUGAUUCUGGUAUUAUGUCUGAUCUCCAAGCAAAAGAUGGGAAAUUGUUGAAACUACAGCCAACUUCUGCAGAUGUGAUCUAUAGGGAGCUAAGCGACAGCGAGCUUUUGAGUCCAGGUUCAGUGAAAACAAAAGAAGAUGAUGUUCCAUCAACCAUUACUUUGGUCAAGAAGCAGUUUGGAGGUAGAUACUCCAUAUCCUCGGAGGAGUUCACAAGUGAAAUGGUCGGUGCUAAAUCGAGAAAUAUCGGGUAUCUAAAAGGGAAAGUUCCUUCAUGGAUUGGUAUCCCAACUUCAAUUGCCCUGCCAUUUGGUGUUUUUGAGAAGGUUCUCUCCGAAAAGGCGAAUCAGGGAGUCGCUGAGAAAUUGCAAGUAUUGAAGAAACGUCUUGAAGAUGGGAACCAUGGUGCUCUAAGGGACAUCCGAGAAGCAGUUUUGGACCUGGUUGCACCCACAAAUCUGGUUGAAGAAUUGAAAGGAACGAUGCAAAGCUCUGGAAUGCCAUGGCCUGGUGCUGAAGGUGAACAGAGAUGGGAGCAAGCUUGGACUGCCAUAAAGAAGGUCUGGGCUUCAAAAUGGAACGAGCGAGCGUACUUCAGCACGAGGAAAGUGAGACUGGAUCAUGAUUAUCUCUGCAUGGCUGUCUUGGUUCAAGAAAUUGUCAACGCGGAUUAUGCAUUCGUCAUUCACACAACCAACCCAUCUUCAGGAGAUUCAUCAGAGAUAUACGCCGAGGUCGUCAAGGGACUUGGCGAAACCUUAGUAGGAGCAUAUCCGGGCCGUGCUCUCAGUUUCAUCGCCAAGAAGAGCAACCUCGAUUCCCCUCAGGUGCUGGGAUAUCCGAGCAAGCCUAUUGGACUAUUCAUAAGGCGUUCCAUUAUCUUCAGAUCCGACUCAAACGGUGAAGAUCUCGAAGGUUACGCUGGUGCAGGGCUCUACGACAGUGUACCAAUGGAUGAAGAAGAAGAGGUCGUUCUUGAUUACACAACCGACCCUUUGAUCACUGACGAGAAUUUCCAGAAAAGGAUACUAUCGAGCAUAGCUCGGUCUGGAGAUGAGAUAGAGAAGUUGUACGGAUCUCCCCAAGAUAUCGAAGGCGUUAUCAGAGACGGGAAGCUCUACGUUGUCCAAACCCGACCCCAAAUGUGAGACUGAACUCUUUGGAAUCCUGUCAGUCAGAUUCUCCAAAACGGUCUUCGGUAAUAACGCUCCCUUUCCACUGAACUUUCUCUUGCACCUCUGUUUCUCUAAGGUGUCUUGCUCUUUUGAUUUCCACUUCAAGUUAAUACGUAUUUGUGAAAUGCAAGUAUACAAACAUGAACAUUGAAAAUACAUACAUACAUACAUACGGUAUUACACGAAUAUUUGGUGUCGCAAAAUUCUGUUUUUCUUUGUCGUUUGAUUACU